AUGCCAGGAAGACCCAAGAAGUAUCAGAGGAAGAUGGGAACAAAUGAGAUCAAUGGAAAGCAUCAACCAAACCACAAUUCAAGGGGUUGCCACAAAAAUAAGAGGAAUGAUGUGCCUGCUCCAGUUCAAACAGAAUCAACUGCAAAGAAGAGAAAGAGAAGGAGUCCUAGAAAAUCCAACUUUGAAGGGAAUGAUUUGCAGAGCAUAAGGAAGAGUCCUAGACUGAAGGAGAAAAGCAUCAAAGCUGGAGGAUCCUCACAAGAGCUAGCAAAGGAUAAAGACAACAAAGUUGGAGAAUCUUCACAAAAUCCAGGAAAUGGAAAAGAAAAAGAAAUAGUCAUUGCUGGAAAUGAUGGUGUGAAAGCUAAGCUGCCAGUGAAGAGGAGCUUGAGGAUACAAGGUCUUGUUGGUGAAAAGCCACAAGCUCUUACACAAUCUGUUAGGCCACCAGGAAGCAGCAACAUGCUUGAUGGUGUGAGAUUUUCCACAAGAAAAAGGGCUGCAUACUCUCAAGAAUAG